UGCUUACCGGGGAGGGCCCGUCCGGUCCCGGUGCGGUGCGUACCGGGGGGGGCCCGUCCAGUCCGGUCCCGGUGCGGUGCACAGCGCCUGCAGCAUGGUGCAGAUCGUCAUCUCCAGCGGCGGCCCCGGGGCCCUGGCGCAGUGGGUGCUGCUGGAGCUGCAGGGACAGCUGGAGCCCCGACGGAGCGGAGCGCUGGGCGGCAGCGUCCUGGGAGACCUGCACUACACCCACGAGGGGGUGCCCGUCCUCAUCGUGGGUCAUCACAUCCUCUACGGCAAAGUGGUGCAGCUGGAGAAGCCGUUUGCGGUGCUGGUGAAGCAGGGAGCCAAGGAGCCGGGUGCUGAGGAGCCGGGUGCUGAGGAGCCGGGUGCUGCGGGGCCGGAUGUGUCCUACACCGUCACUGCCCUCAUCAAAACCAAGCUGCUCUUCAAAACCCGCCCCAAACCCAUCAUCACCAACGUGCCCAAGAAGGUGUGAGGACUUGGGCUGGUGCUGUGAGCGCCAGGGCGGUGCAGGGCUGGCAGCUCCAUCCUGUAUAGGGGACUCCAAGGGCCACCUCAUGGUGCAGGUCCUGCAUCUGGGUGCCCAGAGCCCUUCACAGGUCACUUGCACCCCCUGUAAUGACUCAA